GGGGGAGGGUGCUGAGCGAGUGCAUGUGCGCGGGAUUCGGCGCAAUUUUAGCCCUUGGUUUUUAACGCACCUAUUUUAAUUAUUGCUUUGGUUUUAUUGUAAAAACACUGGUAUUUCAAGCAGCGGGGGUGCCCAGGAGUGAGAGUUCGCGGGAGAAUUUAGCCAGAGAACCGGUACCGUGAGAAUCCGUCGUGCAAUGGCCACCGCCACACCAAGCGGCCCCAGGAGCUCCGGCCGAAGAAGCAGCAUGAGCACCCCGCUCAGUCCGACCCGGAUCUCCCGGCUGCAGGAGAAAAGCGACCUGCAGGAGCUCAAUGACCGCCUGGCCGUGUAUAUCGACAAGGUGCGGAGCCUGGAGAGCGAGAAUAGUCUGCUGCAUGUGCAGGUCACCGAGCGGGAGGAAGUGCGGAGCCGGGAAGUGAGCGGCAUCAAGGAGCUGUAUGAGACCGAGCUGGCCGAUACCCGCAGGAGCCUGGACGACACUGCCCGGGAGAGGGCCAAGCUGCAGCUGGAGCUCAGUAAAAUCUCCGUGGAGCACCAGGAUCUCCAGGCCAGUUUCUCCAAGAAAGAAUCUGAAUUGCAAUCGGCGCAAGCUAGAUUUAGAGAAACUGAAGCUCUUCUCAACUCAAAAAAUGCUGCCCUUGCAAAUGCACAGAGUGAAAAUAAGUCACUGCAGAGAGAGGUGGAGGAAUUGAACGGUGAAAAUGGGCAGCUUGAAUCCGCUUUGGCUCUUGCAAAGAAACAGCUCGAAGAAGAAAUCUUGAUAAAGGUGGAUCUUGAAAACCGGUGUCAGUCUCUAAUUGAGGAACUAGAUUUCCGUAAAAACAUUUAUGAAGAGGAAAUAAAGGAGACUAGAAGCAGACAUGAGACUCGCUUGGUGGAAGUUGAUUCUGGUCGGCAAGUAGAGUAUGAACAUAAACUAUUUCAAGCACUUACUGAGAUGCGGGAUCAACAUGAUUCUCAAAUCACACUGUACAAAGAAGAACUUGAGCAGACUUACCAAUCUAAGCUGGAGAAUGCAAGACUAGCCUCAGAAAUGAACAGCUCUGCUGUGAGCAGUACCCGAGAGGAGCUUACGGAAAGUCGUCUCAGAAUCAACAGCCUCACCUCCCAGCUCUCUGAGCUCCAAAAAGAGUCUAGAGCAUGGCAUGAUCGGAUGCAAGAACUGGAGGAUAUGCUGGCUAAGGAAAAGGACAACAGUCGUAAAAUGCUUGCAGAGAGGGAGCGAGAAAUGGCAGAUAUAAGAGAUCAAAUGCAGCAACAACUUAAUGAUUAUGAGCAGCUUCUAGAUGUUAAAUUGGCAUUGGACAUGGAAAUAAGUGCAUACAGGAAACUUCUGGAAGGUGAAGAGGAGAGGCUGAAGUUAUCUCCCAGCCCUUCCUCACGGGUGACUGUCUCAAGGGCUUCUUCAAGUCGCGCUGUUCGUACAACUAAAGGCAAAAGAAAGAGAAUUGAUGUGGAAGAGUCGGAGGCCAGCAGUAGUGUCAGCAUUGCUCAUUCUGCCUCUGCCACUGGGGAUGUGAGCAUUGAAGAAGUUGAUAUGGAAGGCAAAUAUAUCCGACUGAAAAACAAUUCUGAGAAGGAUCAGCCUUUGGGGGGUUGGGAACUCACCAGAACAAUUGGAGAAGCGUCUGUGAAUUUCAAGUUUACCUCAAGAUACGUACUUAAAGCAGGACAGACUGUCACAAUCUGGGCUGCUGAUGCUGGAGUUACAGCAAGUCCACCAUCUGACCUAAUCUGGAAGAACCAGAAUUCAUGGGGAACAGGAGAAGAUGUGAAGGCCACACUGAAGAAUUCUCAGGGAGAGGAAGUAGCACAGCGCACAACCGUGUACACCACCAAUAUACCUGAAGAGGAGUUGGAGGAGGAAGAAGAAAUAUUUGAGGAGACUGCUAAAGAAUCUCUCUACUCUCAGCAGAAGUCUGGAAAUAAAAACUGCGCCAUCAUGUGAUACCAGUGUUCUACAUCAUGACCUACAGAUCUGAGCCUUCUGGAAGCACAGCCUAUUUUUGUACCAUUUACAAUGUCAGCAUUGACGGCCUUAAUCUCUUUUCUACCAAUAUAACGCAGGGGCAUUUUGUACUGAAUCUGAUUUUGCAAAAUGUGAAUUGACCGUAUUUUCUACACUGUGUCCGGGCGGCAGGUCCUGGAGUGAAAUAUCUCUGCGAUUGCUUCUCCACUUGUCUCACUUCAGACACUGUACCCCGAGGUGCUUCACCUUCUCCAUUUCCCUCGCUUCCAUCUUUUGUACCGAGUUUUCUUUUCUAGCACACAAUCAAGAAUUUUAAUUUUGAAGCUGUUUUAAGGUUGUUUUUUAAUCUUGUGGGGGAAAAACACAACUGUUUUAUCAGGACAUUUUAGAUAACUGUGUGGCGGGUGGGUAAGUAGUUUGUUUUUUUUAUUAUUGGGGGGGAUGAAAAGCUAUUGUUUACUUAAAACAAAAUAAAAGGGGAUUUAAAUACA